ACCGUACUUGCUUUUGCUCUGUUUCUUAGGGUUUAACGAAAAGCCCUAGGGCGAGCGCGCUAGGGUUCCGCGAUGGUGCGGCUUGGAGCGGAGCUCAUCUCGCGGGCGCCGCAGUACCUGAAUGCCGUCAAGGACCGGGAGAUCGAUCUGCGAGGAAACAAAAUCGCUGCUAUUGAGAACCUUGGAGUCACUGCGGAUCAAUAUGACAGUAUAGACCUCUCAGAUAAUGAGAUCGUCAAGCUGGAUGGAUUCCCAGAGCUGCGACGCUUGUCCACACUUCUCAUUAGCAACAACAGAAUUUCUCGCAUCAGUUCCAGCCUUGGAGAGUUUCUUCCAAAACUUCACACUCUCGUCUUGACCAACAACAGGCUCGGCAAUCUCGCAGAACUGGAUCCCCUGGCAUCGCUCGUAAAGCUCCACACUCUCUCGCUCCUGGAGAACGUCGUGACCAAGCUGCCCGAGUAUCGGCUCUACGUCAUCCACAAGCUUCCAAACCUGCGGCUGCUGGACUUUAGCAAGGUGAAGGCCAAGGAAAAGAUCGCUGCCAAGGCAAGGUUUGCGUCGCAAGAAGCCGAAGAAAAUGCCAAGAAAGGUGGAGCGGAGCAAACUUUCGUUCCCGGCGAGGUUCCUGCUGCUGUUGAGCCAGCCUCGGACGCAAAGCACCAGCAUCUAAGCCGGACGGCUCUGAAGGCUGCUAUUCAAAACGCUCAAACGCUGGCAGAAGUUGCGAGGCUCGAGAGGGCGCUUGCGACUGGGCAAUACAAUGGAUCUGGAGACGCAAUGGAAGAGGGAUGAGAGCUCCAUCCAAGCAAUCCAAGCGAACCUUAAGUACCAACAUGGUAAUGGCUAUGGCGGUCUCGCUCGCGCUCGCGCUUCCGGGGCAGAGGAGCGUCACAGCGCUAUGGAAUCCGGCGAGCACCGCGAGGCAGCAUUGUGUGGGCAGGGCGAUCGUGGCUUUGGCGUCGUCUAGGCGGAGCAAGGGAAGUGGGAGCAGCAAGAGCAAGGCAGGUUUCAAGGAUCGACAGCAGCAGCAGCCUCGCCGGCAGCAAAGAAUUCGAGUGGAAGAACUUGACGAUGAUGAUUUUGACGAUGAGGAGGAUGAAGCGGGUCUGGAGGCACUGUUCGCUCAGCUGGAGAAGGAUUUGGAGGCCGAGCGAGCGGGAAAGAAGGUGGAGGUGGAGACGAUCACUGAGGAACAGAUGGUUGCUCUGGAACAGGAGCUGAUGGGUGGUGGUGGCAGUCGGGGCGCAAAGAAAAACGCAAAGAAAAAGAAGAACAAGGAUCGAGAAGAAGAGGAGAAAGACGUUUCGAGGGAUGAAAGAGAAGAUGAGGAGGAGGAGGAAGAACAAGAACAAGAAAGCAGCGGUGGUGGAUCUGGUCUGGCGAAGUUUAUUGAAGAGGCACAGCGAUUGGAAAGCGAAAUGGUGGCGAAGCGGGUUGUCAAGCUCGAGAAAUGGCAACUUCGAAAGCUAAGAGAUGCUUUGGACGUUGAAAAGAGCCAGCUCAAGGUGAAGGCCCUGGCUGGAGAAACUGGACUCGAUCGCAGGGAUGUUCUUACCUUUCUACGCGAUCCUCCACCGGAGCUCAUCGAACUGAUUGACUCGAUAUCCGACAAGGAAUCGGACGAGGAAGAAGACAAGCCCGAAGAUCAAACAGGCAGUCAAGAACAAGAUAGCGAAGCUGGCAAAGAGGAAAACGACUCUCCUCGUGUAGAAAGGAUAGGCUUGCCGGGUGAUACUCAAGGAACAGGUCCAAAGGCGUGGUACGGGAAGAAGAGAAUCCGGAAAGAACACUUGGAAACUUUUGAGAAGGUGUUCCAACGUACGAAGAGGCCGACUGGUGCUUUGAUCCAAAACAUCGUUGAGCUGACUCACGUCCCAAGGAAACGCGUUUUGGAUUGGUUUGAGAAUCGGAGGCAAGAACACGCAGCCAGGAAGGAAGAAAACAGGCACUUGGCAAGGAAAUGAAUCAAUUGUAGACAUCGCACUUUCAAGGUGUGCAGUUCCGAUCAAACUCCACCAAGCGUUGGGAUUGUGUAGCGACGAGCAAAUCGCGUCGACAACUGGAGAAGAGAGUGAUGUGCCUUUUUUAUUUUCUUCUUCUCUUUGUUUUUCUCCUUUCGUGAACAAACAGGAGGAAAGAUUGGGAGCUUCUUAUCUCAGCCGAGCUGCGUCGCUAUCCGUGCUUGUCAAUGAUAUCGACAACUUGUCCCAAUUAACAAUGCAAAAUUUCUGUCAUGCUUGGCUCUUCCUUUGCAA